AUGGCUUCGCAACCGCAGUACGACGACAUCCACACGAGCUCCAACUUCAAGGAGGUUGUGACGGAGCACACAGUCGUCACACUCGCCAUCAAUUUCGAUCAGCAAACCAUUUCCAGCUCUACCGCGUUGACGCUAAAGUCGAGAUGCGUGGAAGACUUGAAUCAGGUUGUGCUUGACACAAGCUAUCUCAACAUCACGCGGGUCGCUGUCAAUGGCAAUCCGACUGAGUGGGAGCUUAAACCCCGGUCGGAGCCCAACGGAAGCCCUCUGAACAUCUACCUUCAAAGCCCUCUCGGGUAUGAAGAAGUCAUUCAACUAGAUGUUGACUUCGAGACGACCGCGGAUACUACUGGCCUCCAAUGGUUUAGCCCUGAACAGACUGAUGACGGAAAAUAUCCUUUUGUUUUCUCUCAGUGCGAGCCCGUCCAUGCCCGAUCAAUAUUUCCAUGCCAGGACACACCCUCUGUGAAAUCCACAUUCGAUAUUCAUGUCCACUCCAUAUUUCCAGUUGUGGCAAGUGGGUGUCCGGCGCAAGAUCCUAUCUACUACGCAGUUGAAGGCACUCCUGAAUCGAAAAUAUACACCUUCAUUCAGGACAUUCCGAUAUCUAAUUACCUCUUCUCUGUCGCCAGCGGUAAUUUUGUCAGCAACCAAAUUAGUCCCAGAAGCUACAUCUACUGCACUCCGGGUCAUCUGGACGCGUGCAAAGCAGAGCUACAGCCAGAUCUAGAAGGAAUCAUUCAAGCAGCAGAAGAACUACUUUUCGAGUAUCCUUGGCCCUUGUACAACCUCGUUGUGCUUCCAAAGUCCUUCCACUUAGGUGGGAUGGAGAACCCCAUCUUCAACUUUUACAGUGCGACCGUCAUUUCAGGAGACCGGCAAAAUGUGCACAUCGUCGCGCACGAGUUCGCCCACAGCUUCAGCGGCAACUUAGUGACCAACGCCUCGUGGGAGCACUUUUGGCUCAACGAGGGCUGGACGGUCUUCAUCGAGCGAUAUAUUAUCCGCAAGUUGCGCGGCGAAGAUGAGGAGACAUUCCAGGCAUUGGUCGGCUGGCAGGAGCUUCUCUAUGCGAUCGAGUCAUACGGUGGCAAUGAGAGCAAAUUCACAAGCCUGGUGAUGCAAUUUGAUGGGCAACGACCUGAUGAUGUCAUGUCCAAAAUCUCAUACGAGAAGGGAUAUACAUUCUUGUGUUAUUUGGAAAAGACCGUUGGGAGAGAGAAGUGGCUUGUGUUUGCUCGGCACUACUUCAAAUCAUUCUCAAGAAAGGCGGUGGACUCGGAGGCUUUCACGAAGUGCCUGCAGGACUUUUUCGAAGCUGACGACGAAGCUUCUGAGGCGCUGGCCUCUGUCGAUUGGAACAUGUGGCUCCAUGAACCCGGUGCUCCCCCAACACCCAACUUCAAAUCCAAGCUAUAUGACCAUUGCAUCCAAUUAACGGGAAAAUGGCAGUCUCUUUCCGCAGUCUCAGCAUUCCAACCUUCUGCCGCCGAUGUGGAUGGCUGGAUUGUUGGCCAGCAGCUGGUUUUCUUAGACCAACUCAUUGCCGGGUCUGAUCCAAUCCCCCAAGCUUAUGUCGAAGCACUAGGCUCUACGUAUGGGCUACGCCAUUCCAAGAACCUUGAGGUCUUGUCUCGCUAUCUCCGAGUUGCUCUGCGGGCUGGCGAUCGAGACUCGUUGCAACUGACGGCAAAAGUUUUGGGAGAAACGGGACGAAUGAAAUUCGUCAGACCACUAUUUGAGGAGCUUAUCGAUUUAGACAAGAAGUACGCGGUGCAAACAUUCAACAAAUACAAAGACUUCUACCACCCAACAUGUAGAAGACUGAUUAUGAAUGUCUUCCAGGACAGAGGCAUACAAACAUAG